AUGUCGGAUAUAGGUAGCGGAGAUGAAGGUUCAAGUUCGCAAAAAUAUCACGGCAUGGAGCAAGGAAGUGAAUAUGAUUCAGGCCAGCAAGGUCAAAUGGAGCAAGAGCUGGCAACUAAAAUGCUCCAGAUCCAGAGCAAAAGAUUUUAUUUGGAUGUAAAACAAAAUCGCAGAGGCAGAUUUAUAAAAGUUGCAGAAAUCGGAGCUGAUGGAAGAAGAUCACAAAUAUUCCUUGCCCUAUCUACCGCUGCUGAAUUUAGAGACCACCUUUCAACAUUUAGUGACUAUUAUUCCUCUCUAGGCCCACCUAAUCCCGACAACGUUCCUGAAGACGGCAAGCUGAAAUCUGAAAUGAUGAUCAAGGACAAUCGUCGAUACUAUUUGGAUCUGAAGGAGAACUCGCGGGGGCGAUUCUUGCGCGUGUCGCAGACCAUCACAAGGGGCGGGCCCCGUUCACAGGUAGCGAUACCUGCGCAGGGAAUGAUCGAGUUUCGCGACGCCCUAACCGACCUUCUGGACGAGUUCAGUACUGACGAACACGCCUACAAACCGGACCUGCCCGAAGGACGACAUAUGCACGUCGAUAAUAAAAACUUCUAUUUCGAUAUUGGUCAAAAUAACCGUGGAGUAUACAUGCGAAUCUCCGAGGUGAAAACCAAUUUCCGCACCGCCAUCACACUUCCAGAGAAGAGUUGGGCGCGGUUCCGAGACAUUCUAAGCGACUAUUGCGAAAAAAUUAAACAACCGGCUGCUAGCGGCGCUGGUGGGUCCCAGGGCUCCGGCCUGGGCGGGCAGGACCAACCUCAUCCAUUGGUUGGCAAUAAUACCCAACAAGAUGGAGGAACGAGUUUAAAGUAG